AUGGAUUACAAGACAAUUUGGAAUGCAACAUGCCCCCAAAAGAUACGACUUUUCUUGUGGAAAGUCAGCCAUGAAGGACUCCCAACCUUCAAAACACUCCACUCUCGUCACAUUGUUGACAAUGAUACAUGCCCAAUUUGCAAGCUUCAACCAGAAACAGUAAAACACUGCCUCUUUCAGUGCGAAAAGGAGAAACGAACUUGGAACUUGAUAGUGGCACACAUCAACAGAGGAAACAACACAGGAAACCCUUAUGACAGGUUGAUAAUUCCACCGCAUCGGGUACCAAGUGAGAUUGCAAUACAACGUCAAGGGGAUUACAUGUCAUCCAGAUCAGGCGGAAAUAACCAGGCUCGGAGAGUGGCUAGUACAUCAACAACAUCUGUUGUGCCUCCAACGACCUUCAAGGAAUUCCUGCGUUUUUCGCAAAAUGUAGAGAUGUUCUCAAUAUGCUGCUAUGCACUAUGGAGUAUUUUGCUAGCUAGGAAUGAACAGGUUUAUAAGAAGCAAAUCCAAACACCUCAGCAAACAAGCCAAAUAACUAUCAUAUUGAGCCAAGAAUACACUUGGGCGGUCUGUAAAAAGAUACUUCCAAAUAUGGUGGGAGAACGACAACAACGAAACGGUUCCACAGGGGAAAACAAUGCACGAACAAUUUGGGUCAAAUGGAGUCCUCCACCAGCAGAAUGGGUGAAAAUCAACAUGGAUGGAGCCAGCAAAAACAAUAUGGUUGGACAACCAGAACGAGCAGGAGCAGGCUGGAUUUGUAGAAAUACAAAUGGAAAUGUAAUAAUGGCAAUGGCGGAUCCUAUUGGGAUAACCACGACUCUUGUCGCUGAGACCCUUUUUGCUUGCAACAAGAAUGGCGACAUCACAAAGAUGGACAAACAUCAUCUUUGA